UUGGGUACAGCCUUGAAGAAACUUCUUUUAAAAAGUUUUGCUCGUAGGGUGGGCGAAGGAGAUGGAGUAAGUUCCAUCAAAGUAACAUCUUUUAAAGAUGGGAGAUCCUGGGGGCAAGGGUAUAGCUCAAGUGGUAUAGCACAUGCUUAGCAUGCAUGAGGUCCUGGGUUCAAUUCCCAGUACUUCCUCUAAAAAUUAAAUCUAAUUACCUCCCAACCACUGCCAAAAAAAGGGAAAUACUGGGCCACAUUACAAGCUUGGGAGUGAUCUAGUAGUGCGGGCCAGACUGAUGACACAAGAGAACGAGGAGGGAAUAACUGAAGAUGCUCGUAAGAAUGCAAGAGGCCUUGGGAGCCUGAGAACAAGGAGAGGGGCUGACUGCCCGUUGACAGGAGGAAUGCUUUGUCCACUGCUGAAAAAAGUGGAAAGAGAUUAUAAAGCUAGUGGUUUUGUAGAUUUAGUAGUGGCAUGAUGAGGAAGUUCCUACCUGACAGCUGCUAAUUUCUCAAUGAGUUUUCCAGAAAAAAAGGAGAGGUUGUUUCCCAGGGAAUGAAAAAAUUCCACAAGCUAACAAGGGACGCCUGGGUUUCAGCAACUGCAACUAGUUCUGUUCACAGAGAGAGGGCAGGAGAAUUUGGUUUGAACCAGAUUAUGUAAACUCCUCACUGUCUUUCAAGCCCUGAAAAAGCCUUGGCUGGCCAGGUGUGGCUCUCCACGCGCUGCGCGCGGGGCUCGGGAGGAACGGCCUGCGCAGGUCCCUUGGGCCUCGGCUGGUUGGCGCAUGCGCACCGCGCGUCGCAGAGCCGCGCUCCUUUUCUCUUGCAGUGUUGCCCCGUGUUGCUCUGACUUUACCUGGCGGCAGUUUGCGGUCUCUGCGCCCCGAAUGGAGCAGGUGGACGAGCUGGAGCUGCUAAUGGAGAGGAGUUUCGGGCAGAAGGCUGCGCCGGCCGCGGAGCUAUUUCAGAAGAAGAAGGUGGAAGCUUCCUUUCCUAAAACAGUUCUGAGCCGAGGAAUGGAUAACCGGUACCUGGUAUUAGCAGUCAAUAUUGUACAGAAUGAAGAAGGAAACCAUGAAAAGCACCUAAUCAUCACUGCUUCCCAGUCACUAGAAUAUGAAGAAUUGUGUGUCCUUAGGAAUGACUGGUGCUCUGUACCAGUGGAACCAGGGGACAUCAUUCAUUUGGAGGGAGACUGCAUAUCCGAUACUUGGAUAAUAGACGAAGAUUUUGGAUAUUUGAUUCUAUAUCCAGAUAUGCUGAUUUCUGGCACAAGCAUAGCCAGUAGUAUUCGAUGUAUGAGAAGAGCCGUCCUGAGUGAAAUAUUUAGGAGCUCUGAUCCAGCCACACGCCAGAUGCUGAUUGGUACAGUUCUCCACGAAGUAUUUCAAAAAGCAAUAAGUGAUAGUUUUGACCCAGAAAAGCUGCAAGAACUUGCUUUUAAAACUGUUCAAGAAAUAAGGCAUCUAAAGGAAAUGUACCGCUUAAAUCUGAAUCAAGAUGAAAUAAAACAAGAAGUAGAGGAGUAUCUUCCUUCAUUUUCUAAAUGGGCUGGAGAUUUCAUGCAUAAACAGACUUCAACUGACUUCCCUCAGAUGCAGCUCUCUCUGCCAAGUGAUGGUAGUAAUAAUUCGACAUAUAAUAUCGAAGUUAUAAACUCACUGGAUAUUGAAGAAAGCAUUUGGUCUCCUAGGUUUGGACUGAAGGGCAAAAUAGAUGUUACAGUUGGUGUGAAAAUACAUCGAGGGAGUAAAACGAAAUAUAAGAUAAUGCCACUGGAACUUAAAACUGGCAAAGAAUCAAAUUCUAUUGAACACCGUAGUCAGCUUGUUUUGUACACACUGCUGAGCCAAGAAAGGAGAGAUGACCCAGAGGCUGGCCUGCUCCUCUACCUGAAGACUGGCCAGAUGUACCCUGUGCCUGCCCACCAUCUUGAUAAAAGAGAAUUAUUAAGGCUAAGAAACCAGAUGGCAUUCUCUUUGUUUCACCGAAUUAGCAAACCCAAUACUGGAGAGGGGAAGACAAAGCUUGCAUCUUUGCCACAAAUAAUUGAGGAACAGCAGACUUGUAAAUAUUGUUCACAGAUGGGCAAAUGUGCUCUUUAUAGCAGAGCAGUUGAACAACAGAUGGAUGACAGUUCAGUCCCAAGUGGCAUGCUGCCCAAAAUAAAAGAAGAAAUCCAGCAUCUAAAGCCUGCACACUUAGAAUAUUUCAGCCUUUGGUGUCUAAUGUUAACCCUGGAGUCACAAUCAAAGGAUAAUAAAAAGAAUCACCAAAAUAUAUGGUUAACACCCGCUUCAGAAAUGGAGGAGAGUGGCAGCUGCAUUGGAAACCUGAUUAGAACAGAACACGUAAAGACAGUUUGUGAUGGACAAUAUUUACAUAAUUUCCAACGUAAAAGUGGUGCCAUGCCUAUCACAAAUCUAAUGGCAGGUGACAGAAUUAUUUUAAGUGGAGAGAAGAGAGCGCUCUUUGCUUUGUCUAGGGGAUAUGUGAAGGAGAUUAACAUGACAACAGUAACCUGUUUAUUAGACAGGAACUUGUCAGUACUCCCAGAAUCAACUUUGUUCAGAUUGGACCAGGAGGAAAAAAAUUGUGAUAUAGAUACCCCGUUAGGAAAUCUUUCUAAAUUGAUGGAAAAUACUUAUGCCAGCCAAAAACUUCGAGAUUUAAUCAUUGACUUUCGGGAACCUCAGUUUAUAUCCUACCUCAGUUCUGUUCUUCCACAUGAUGCAAAGGACACAGUUGCCAGCAUUCUAAAAGGUUUGAAUAAACCUCAGAGGCAAGCCAUGAAAAAAGUACUUCUUUCAAAAGACUACACUCUCAUCGUGGGUAUGCCUGGAACAGGAAAGACAACUACCAUAUGUACUCUUGUAAGAAUACUCUAUGCCUGUGGCUUUAGUGUUUUGUUGACCAGCUAUACACACUCUGCCGUUGACAAUAUUCUUUUGAAGUUAGCAAAGUUUAAAGUAGGAUUUUUGCGCUUGGGUCAGACUCUUAUAGUUGCAACAACAUGUAUGGGAAUAAACCACCCAAUAUUUUCUCGUAAAAUGUUCGACUUUUGUAUAGUGGAUGAAGCCUCUCAAAUUAGCCAACCAAUCUGCCUAGGGCCACUUUUUUUUUCACGGAGAUUUGUAUUGGUGGGGGAUCAUCAGCAGCUUCCUCCCCUGGUGCUAAACCGUGAAGCAAGAGCUCUUGGCAUGAGUGAAAGCUUAUUCAAGAGACUGGAGCAGAAUAAGAAUGCUGUUGUACAGUUAACCGUGCAGUACAGGAUGAACAGUAAAAUUAUGUCCUUAAGUAAUAAACUGACAUAUGAAGGAAAGCUGGAGUGUGGAUCAGACAAAGUGGCCAAUGCAAUGAUAAACCUACCUAACUUCAAAGAUGUAAAGCUGGAACUGGAAUUUUAUGCUGAUUAUUCUGAAAAUCCUUGGCUGAUUGGAGUAUUUGAACCAAACAAUCCUGUUUGUUUUCUUAAUACAGAGAAGGUUCCAGCACCAGAACAAGUUGAAAAGGGAGGUGUGAGUAAUAUAACAGAAGCCAAACUCAUUGUUUUCCUGACCUCCGUUUUUAUUAAGGCUGGAUGUAAUCCCUCUGAUAUUGGUAUCAUUGCACCAUACAGGCAGCAGUUAAAGGUCAUCAAUGAUUUAUUGGCUCAUUCUUCUAUUGGGAUGGUUGAAGUUAAUACAGUAGACAAAUACCAAGGAAGAGACAAAAGUAUCAUUCUAGUAUCUUUUGUUAGAAGUAAUAAAGAUGGAACUCUUGGUGAACUACUGAAAGAUUGGCGACGUCUUAAUGUUGCUCUAACUAGAGCCAAACAUAAGCUGAUUCUCCUGGGAUGUGUGCCCUCACUAAACUGGUAUCCUCCUUUGAGGAAGCUUCUUCAUCAUCUAAACUCAGAAGAAUUAAUCUUUGAUCUUCCAUCAGGAGAACAUGAAAGUCUUUGUUACAUAUUGGGUGAUUUUCAAAGAUAAAGCACUGUUUUCCUUGCUUUUUUCAUACCAGCAUGGUCUCCUCUAUGGCCUAUUAUUUGUAAUUUGGAUAUGCUAUAAAAUCAGUGCCUGGCUAGACUGUGAAGAUAACUUUUAUUUCAAGGGUAUGAAAUGAUGUAAAUGUAUUCUGUCAGAGUUCCAAUUUUUUGUUUUAUUUAUUUAUUUUUUGGUAUAAUCUUGUUAAACAUAAAGUUCUACUACUGUACAAAAUGUAACACAGUAUUUAUUUUUUUAGUACAAAUAUACUCCAAACUGAAAAGUCUAAAUUUACAGGUAUUAUAAAUGUGUUCUUGUAUGACAUAGAGUUUGAUAAAUUUCUGCCAGCUUUUAAAGAUGGAUUAACUUUUUGACCUGAGGUUUAAACUUUUAAGUCUAAGUUUUUAAGACUAAUUUGAUUUUGUAGGUUUUUAUUAUAUUUUAUUUAUUUGAAAGAUUGGGUAAAGAAAAUUGAUUUUUUUUUAAUCAUUUAAGCAC